AUGAACUACGAAUGUCUUUACCAGAUCAAUGUCCCUCUCGGACUAAGUGCGUACAUUGAACUAAAAUUUAUGCCAAUAACAAAUACAGCUGCUAAAAAGUCAGUUGUUCAGGUUAUCGAUUUCAAUCAGAGAGUGGAAAACAUUUAUCAUACAGACCUUGACAAAUUUUACUUCAUCGCUCCAGGAGGUAGAUUCAAAAUCUCGACGAAAGACACAUCUGCACAAUUUCAGUUUUCGGUUCAAUGGUUUUCCGAAAUCAACUCGGAUUAUUACGAAUAUGAAAACGCUACUCAAUUAGAUACGCAACCGUACAUUACUGAAAAUAUGUUCAGGGGAAUCCAAGUGACCGCUGAAACGACAGUUUCCAUUAUCACUAUACCACCAAGUAAAUCAAAAAAUUUGGAAUGUUAUUUGAAGGGGCUGAGAAGUGUUUUGAUUUUCGAUGGCCCUGAUGCGAAUUCCACUUGUCUUGGUACAGCAUUGCAACUUUUUAACAAUAACCGACAGUAUGUGACAUCAGGAAGAGUCGUCACAGUGAUUCCUCUCCAACCAAUAUCAUAUUGGAGUGACAGUCAACUGAUGUUCCAAGAUUUUGUACACACAAAGGCUAUAACUGAAUACCGUGGUGUUUCAUGUCAAGGCUACUGUGAUCCCAUGGUAAUGGAUGGGUCUAAAAGCCCAUCUGCGUUUUCCACGUUCUCAAGUUAUGGAUCUGCAAAAGUUUGCCUAAUGAGUGUUAGUGGAACAGACGUCGAUCUGUCGCAAAGCAACAGUCUCCAGUUAAGUGUUAUCAAAAAUAACUCAAUAGUAUAUAACAUUGUAUACAAUGCCACCAACCUACCAUCUCUGAAUCAACCAAUGAGUGCUGUUGGAGAUCAAUUGUUCAUCGAAUUUCUCGCUGGUGGCGAUAUAAAGAAAGGAGACUACUACAUUAACUACGAUGUGGUCAAAGUUAAUUCGGCACCAUCGUAUCUAUCUAAUUUCGUAGCGGCUGUUGUAUCGGUUUGGAUGUUGUUGGCGGUAAUUUUUUGA